AUGGCGACGCGGGUAGAAGAGGCAGCGCGGGGAAGAGGCGGCGGCGCUGAGGAGGCGACUGAGGCCGGUCGGGGCGGACGGCGACGCAGCCCGAGGCAGAAGUUUGUGAUUGGUGCAAUGGAAGAAGCUGGAAUGUGCGGGUUAGGGGUGAAAGCGGAUGUGUUGCGUACUUCUCAAUCAAACGAUAUUCUUCAACAUCAAGACUCACAUUGUGGUGGAACAAGUAAUAAGCACUCACUGGAAGAGGCUGAAGGCUUCAUAACAAAACACAGAAGUUUGGUGAACCCAGCCUACUGCACACAGGAGCCAAGAGAGGAAAUUCCUGGGCAGGAAGCUAGAACAGAUCCCCCCGAUGGUCAGCAAGAUUCAGAUUGCAACAGGAACAAAGAAAAAACGCUAGGUAAAGAAGUUUUAUUAUUGAUGCAAGCCCUAAACACCCUUUCAACUCCAGAAGAGAAGCUGGCAGCUCUCUGUAAGAAAUAUGCUGAUCUUCUGGAGGAGAGCAGGAAUGUUCAGAAGCAAAUGAAGAUUCUGCAGAAGAAGCAAGCCCAGAUCGUGAAAGAGAAAGUUCACUUGCAGAGUGAGCACAGUAAGGCUAUCUUGGCAAGAAGCAAACUUGAGUCUCUCUGCAGGGAACUUCAGCGUCACAAUAAGACGCUAAAGGAAGAAAAUGUGCAGCAGGCCCGCGAGGAGGAAGAGAGACGGAAAGAAGCAACCGCACACUUCCAAAUUACUCUAAAUGAAAUCCAGGCCCAGCUGGAGCAGCACGACAUGCACAACGCCAGGCUCCGCCAGGAGAACAUCGAGCUGGGGGAGAAGCUGAAGAAGCUCAUCGAACAGUACUCCAUGAGGGAGGAGCAUAUUGAUAAAGUGUUCAAACAUAAGGAAGUACAACAACAGCUUGUGGAUGUCAAGCUUCACCAGACCUCACAGCUGAUAAAGGAAGCUGAUGAAAAACAUCAGAGAGAGAGAGAGUUUUUGUUAAAGGAAGCAACAGAAUCGAGGCACAAAUAUGAACAAAUGAGACAGCAAGAAGUACAACUAAAACAGCAGCUUUCUCUUUAUAUGGAUAAGUUUGAAGAAUUCCAGACUACCAUGGCAAAAAGCAACGAACUGUUUACAACCUUCCGGCAGGAAAUGGAAAAGAUGACAAAGAAAAUAAAAAAACUGGAAAAAGAGACACUAUUAUGGCGUACCAAAUGGGAAAACAAUAACAAAGCGCUUCUGCAGAUGGCUGAAGAGAAAACUGUCCGCGAUAAAGAGUACAAGGCCUUUCAAAUAAAACUGGAACGGUUAGAGAAGCUGUGCAGGGCUCUUCAGACGGAGAGGAAUGAGCUCAACGAGAAGGUGGAAGUCCUAAAGGAGCAGGUCUCGGGGAAAGUGGCCGGUGCAAAACUAGCCCCACGCGUGACACAGCCCUGUGCAGCCCUGGCUUCUCCUAAGGAGCUGAACACUGCCUGGCACAGCGGUGCUCGAGUCCCCAUGGUGGCCGUGCCCAAGGCAGCCAAGGAGAAGCCAGCCGCACACAAGGCCGCGUCGCUAGGCACUGGGCCAACCAUCGAGUCCGUAGACUGA